AGUGCAGGGGAAUCUCUGUGGCUAGGUUCUGUGAAAGGGCCCAUUGCUGAAGGGACAGGAACACAAUUGAUGGUGCUAUUUUUUCCCAUUUACUUGCACUUAGAGUCUCAUGUCUAACAUAGACAUGAUGAGCUUUGUGCAAAUUUUCCUUCUCUGCAUCUUUGCAGUGAUUUCCCCAUCCAUAGUAUUGGCUCAACAGCAGAACGUUGAAUUAGGAACAUGUACGCAUUUGGGACAAGUUUAUGCUGACAGGGAUGUCUGGAAACCAGAACCGUGCCAAAUCUGUGUGUGUGAUACAGGAUCAGUGCUGUGUGAUGAGAUCAUCUGUGACGACCAAGAGUUAAACUGCCCAAAUCCUGAGAUCCCAUUUGGAGAAUGUUGUCCUAUAUGCCCAACAGCUUCACCUCCAAUCCCAAGUAGAUUACCACCAAGUUCAAAUGGUGAGCGUGGACCAAAAGGUGACCCAGGCAGUCCUGGAAUUCCUGGCAGAAAUGGUGAACCUGGAAUUCCUGGUUCUCCGGGCUCACCUGGUUCCCCUGGUCCUCCUGGAAUUUGUGAGGGUUGUGGUAGCCUUGGAGGCGAUGGGAACUAUUCUCCCCAGUAUGAUUCAAAAUCUGGAUACUUUGAUGGCAAAUCCGGAGGAGGUGCUCAAAUGGGAAUGAUGCCUGGUGCACCUGGACCUUCUGGUCCUCCAGGGCCUCCUGGACAUGCUGGCCAACCCGGUUCUCCUGGCUAUCAAGGUCCUCCUGGUGAAUCUGGACAGCCUGGGUCUCCAGGUCCUCCUGGUCCAUCCGGAUUAAUGGGCCCUGCUGGUCCACCUGGAAAAGAUGGAGAAUCUGGAAGACCUGGAAGAACUGGAGAACGUGGAUUGCCUGGUGUCGCUGGGGGCAGAGGACCUCCGGGCAUGUCUGGUUUCCCUGGCAUGAAGGGUCAUAGAGGUAUUGAUGGAAGAGAUGGUGCAAAGGGUGACUCUGGUGCUCCUGGCCAAAGGGGUGAACCUGGCAGUCCGGGUGACAAUGGAACCCCUGGCCCAGCGGGACCAAGAGGACAAGCAGGAGAGAGAGGUCGUCCUGGAGCCUCUGGACCAGCUGGUUCUCGUGGUAAUGAUGGAGCCCCUGGAUCUUCUGGACAACCUGGUCCUCCUGGUCCCCCUGGUAAUGCCGGAUUCCCUGGUGGUUCUGGUCCCAAGGGAGAAGCUGGAGCUCCUGGUUCUAGAGGUUCUGAUGGUUCUCCAGGUUCAAGAGGGGAAACAGGACCACCUGGUCCUGCUGGCUCAACUGGCCCUGCUGGUUCUCCAGGAAGGGAUGGAAACCCAGGUGGCAAAGGAGAAGUAGGUCCUGCUGGUAUUCCUGGUGCCCCUGGUCUGGCUGGAGCUCGUGGUGCUCCUGGUCCAUCUGGUACUAAUGGAGCUCCUGGUUUGAGAGGACCUUCUGGUGAAAAUGGCAAAGAUGGAGGGAAAGGAGAGCCAGGUCAAAGAGGAGAACGUGGAGAAGCUGGACCUCCUGGUGCAGCAGGACCUGCUGGUGAAGAAGGGAAGAAAGGAGCUAAUGGUGAACCAGGAACAAAUGGUGUCCCAGGAACUCCAGGUGAAAGAGGUACCCCAGGUUUCCGUGGACCCCCAGGUAGCAAUGGAAUUCCAGGUGAAAAAGGACCUCCAGGAGAACGUGGAUCUCCAGGCUCUGCUGGUCCAAGAGGCAGUGCUGGUGAGCCUGGUAGAGAUGGUGGCCCUGGAUUACCUGGCAUGAGGGGUUCUUCUGGAAGUCCUGGUGGACCAGGUGCUGACGGCAAACCAGGUCCUCAAGGUCCAUCUGGAGAAUCUGGAAGACCUGGUUCCCAAGGUCCUCCUGGGCCAAGAGGCUCACCUGGUGUCAUGGGUUUCCCUGGUCCUAAGGGUAAUGAGGGUGCACCUGGCAAGAAUGGAGAAAAGGGCGGUCCUGGAUCCCCUGGAUCACAGGGACUUCCUGGCAAGAGUGGUGAUCCUGGUCUACAAGGUCCUCCUGGAGCUGCUGGACCUGCUGGUGAAAGAGGAGAACCAGGCGCAAGCGGCCCACCGGGCUUUCAGGGUCUGCCUGGAACAGCUGGACCUCCCGGUGAGAAUGGAAAGCCAGGAGAAGCUGGGCCAAAAGGUGAAAAUGGUGCCCCAGGAAACACUGGUGGUAAAGGUGAAAAUGGUGUCCCUGGUGAAAGAGGUGCUCAAGGCCCUCCUGGAAAUCCUGGUGCUCGAGGUGGUGCUGGUCCUCCUGGUUCUGAUGGUGGAAAGGGCCCUGCUGGUCCUCAAGGUCCUGCUGGUGCAAUGGGCCCACCUGGUCUUCAAGGUAUGCCUGGAGAAAGAGGUGGUUUUGGAAAUCCUGGUCCAAAGGGUGAAAGGGGAGAACCCGGUGGCAGAGGUGGUGAUGGACAACCAGGGAAAGAUGGAGGAAGGGGUCCUGCCGGGCCUAUUGGACCACCUGGUCCUGGUGGUCCAACUGGUGAAAAGGGUGAAGGUGGACCAGCUGGCCCCCCAGGCCCAGUGGGUACACGUGGUGGUCCUGGUGAACGAGGAGAGAUUGGUCCUCCUGGUCCUGCUGGCUUCCCUGGAUCACCUGGACAAAGUGGAGAGCCUGGACAGAAAGGAGAAAAGGGUGGCCCAGGAGAACGAGGAGAGCCUGGUGCUCAAGGUGUUGGUGGUGCUCCCGGGGGUCCUGGACCUGCUGGUAAUCCUGGCCCUCAAGGAGGAAAAGGAGACCGUGGUUCUCCAGGAGCAGCUGGUGCAGCUGGCUUCCCUGGCGGUCGUGGGUUACCUGGCCCUCCAGGAAGUAAUGGAAACGCAGGUCCCCCAGGUCCUCCCGGUGGACCAGGUAAAGACGGCCCUGCCGGCCCUGCUGGAAAUUCUGGUGCUCCAGGCAGCCCAGGUGGACAAGGUCCAAAGGGUGAACCAGGUCUACAAGGAGAAAGAGGAGCACCUGGUACUCGUGGAGAAUCGGGUGCACCAGGUCCUUCAGGUAUUUCUGGUCCUGCUGGUACUCGGGGUAUUGUAGGAUUACCUGGUUUGCAAGGCAGAUCCGGUGCUCCAGGGCUUCCUGGUGCUAAGGGUGAAGAUGGAAAGCCUGGUAGCAAUGGUUCCCCUGGCGACCGUGGUUCUCCUGGUCCACCAGGUCCUUCUGGCAUUAAUGGCUCCCCCGGAGAAGCUGGAAGAGAUGGUAACCCAGGAUCUGAUGGUUUGCCUGGUCGUGAUGGAUCUGCAGGCACCAAGGGUGAUCGUGGUGAAAAUGGCUCCCCUGGUUCCCCUGGAUCUCCAGGUCAUCCCGGAGCUCCUGGUCCUGUUGGUCCAGCUGGAAAGUCAGGCGACAGAGGAGAGACUGGUCCAUCUGGUGCCCCUGGUUCUGCUGGCCCUGCUGGUGCUCGUGGUGCUCCUGGAGUACAAGGUCCACGGGGUGACAAGGGUGAAGCUGGUGAACGUGGUAACAAUGGAAUUAAGGGUCAUCGUGGUUUUCCUGGCAAUCCUGGUCUACCAGGUCCUCCUGGUUCUUCUGGAGAACAAGGCACUGCUGGGAGCCCAGGUCCACAAGGUCCAAGGGGACCUCCCGGCUCUAGUGGCUCUCCAGGAAAAGAUGGUACAAGUGGCUAUCCAGGUCCCAUUGGUCCCCCCGGUCCACGUGGUAGCAGAGGAGAAGUCGGCCCAGAGGGUUCUUCUGGUCAAUCUGGUCCUCCAGGACAACCAGGACCUCCUGGCCCUCCUGGCCCUUGCUGCGAUGGUGGUGCUGCAAUUGGCUCUCUUGGUGGUGAGAAAGGACCUAUGGGUUCUCCAUACUAUGGAGACCAGCCCCUUGAAAGCCAAAUCAGUGCUUCAGAGAUAAUGUCUUCCUUAAAAUCAAUCAACAACCAAAUUGAAAAUAUCAUCAGCCCUGAUGGCUCUAGAAAGAACCCAGCACGUAACUGCCGUGACCUUAAAUUAUGUCACCCAGAACUUAAGAGUGGCGAAUAUUGGAUUGAUCCCAACCAAGGAUGCAAAAUGGAUGCCAUUAAAGUUUUCUGCAACAUGGAAACUGGUGAAACAUGUGUAAACGCUAACCCCAGAAACAUUCCACCAAAGAAAUGGCACACUAGCACUGGAAAGGACAAGAAACAUGUGUGGUUCGGAGAGUCUAUGAAUGGAGGAUUCCAGUUUAGCUAUGGAGAUCCUGACCUUCCAGAAGAUAUUUCAGAUGUUCAGAUGGCUUUCCUCCGAAUUUUGUCUAGCAGAGGUUCUCAAAACAUCACAUAUCACUGCAAAAACAGUGUUGCUUACAUGGAUGGAGAAAAUGGAAAUGUAAAGAAAGCUUUGAAACUCAUGAGCUCCACUGAGAGUGAGCUGAAGGCUGAAGGGAACAGCAAAUUCACAUACACUGUUCUUGAGGAUGGUUGCACUAGACACACAGGAGAAUGGGGUAAAACAGUCUUUGAAUACAGAACACGCAAGACAAUGAGGUUGCCCAUUUUAGAUAUUGCACCCAUGGAUAUUGGUGGUGCAGACCAAGAAUUUGGAGUGGAAGUUGGUCCUGUAUGCUUCUUAUAAAUGAAGGGUAUUAUUCUUUCUAAAACCACAGCAAAUGAUGUGCACUCAUGUGUGCUCCCGUUCUUCUAAUGUUGUACCCUUCAACAGGCAAAGAACUGUGCGCCCGUUAUUUAUUUCCAAACAACAAGGAAAAAAGGGAUAUUUAGGUAGAAAGGGAUUGAUGUUUUGCAAUAACACAAACUAAAUGCUUUUGCUCUAUUUUUUGUACAAAUUUCAUAUUUCCAAGACAUCUAAAUGGUGCUAUAAAUAUCAACAUAAACACUGCUAUCUUUGAGUUUUGACCAAUUCGCAAAGCACUGAUCAUUUCAAGCAUCAGACUCAACCCAGCUUUCUUACCAAGAUGAAGUUCAUAAUGCGUAGAAAGAACUUCCAAAUUUCAACUACCUCAUCAUGGACAGAAACUGGGGCGAGUUUGAUGAGACGGAUCCAGAUUAAAAUAAACCAUUGUUAGAUUUCUUUCUUUUUUUUAAAAAAAUCAGUUUUCUGUAUUAAUUUGUGAGACACAAAUGCUAUAUUUUUAUAGGAAAUAUUGUCCUGAAUUGAUAAAUCAAAAAAUAUAUAUAUUUUUUGCUUGGUGCUUCCAUACUUUCCUGUCAUUGCUGGUCAAGACCACUAAAACGAAGGAAAGAUUAAAUAUAAAACGUCAUGGUGCUAAAUGCUGACGUAUUUCCACUUCUAAAAUUGCAAGCCAAAGAGAUAUUUGAAUUGUAUGAACAAAAUAAAAUAAACUGUUUCACAAAAGAGUUUUGUCUCCAGUGCAAGAUUAUUGUUUGUAAAAUUCAUGUCUAGAGAUUAUUUCUUUGCAAGUUAUUAUAAAAUAAAAUGAAAAAAAAAAAGCUUGCAGUAUUGGUCACAAUAACACAGUUACAGGGGAGACUUUUUAUUGGUUGUUGAUAAGACACACAUAAUAAAAAUUGUCUGAAAAUA